AUGGCGUUUCCGGACAAGGGAACGAAUUUUCGCUGGAGUAGUUGGAGUGAUCGGCCUCAUAAACCUUGUGAUUUCAGCGCCUUAGAUCUUUCAGGGGACUCAGUCUGCCUUCAAAAAGAAAAGGUAUCAGCAGAAAGGAUGUUGACUAACUGCCUGACAAAUUCUCAGGAGUUAGUGAGCUUUAAUGAUGUGACUGUGCAUUUUACUCAAGAGGAAUGGACCUCCCUGAACCCAGCCCAGAGAUACCUCUACAAAGACGUGAUGUUGGAGAACUACCAGAACCUGGCCACAGUAGGAUAUGAGCUCAUCAAACCAAGUCUGGUCUCUUGGUUGGAACAAGAAGAGUUUAGUACAGGUCAGAAGAUAGUUUUCCCAGAGUGGAAAAUGCAGCUUGAAACCAAAUGUUCAACAUUCCAGCAGGAAUUUUUGAAGGGUAACAUAUCCAAUGGGAUGCAAAUGCAGACAGGAAGCCAGAGUGGAAGGGAGCUCUAUAACUGGACAAAAUCUGGAGAAUUCGUCAGUGAUCUCUCAUCCCUUAAAACACAUACGAAAACUCAAACUACACAGGAUAAUUAUGAUUGUAGUCAGGAUAGAAAAGAUUUUCUAAUGGUUCAGAAGAAAAACUGUGCUGGUAAGAAACUUUCUGAGUUCAAUCAGAGUGAAGAAACCUAUAUGAUCCCAGUUAAGAUUAAUCAGAAAAUUGCUACACAAGAGAAAUAUUUGGAGUGCAGUGACUGUGGGAAGUCUUUCAUUAAUCAGUCACACCUUCAGACACAUAGAAGAAGAACUCACAAUGGAGACAAACUUUAUGAUUGGAAUGAAUAUGGGAGAAGUUUUAUAAACUCAAGACUUGCUGUGCUUAUAGAAACUCUCAAUGCAAAGAAACCUUACAGAUGCAAGGAAUGUGGGAAAGGCUAUAGAUACCCUGCAUAUUUAAAUAUUCACAUGCGGACUCACACUGGUGAGAAGCCUUAUGAAUGUAAAGAGUGUGGGAAAGCCUUCAAUUAUUCCAAUUCAUUUCAGAUACAUGGACGAACUCACACUGGAGAGAAACCCUAUGUAUGUAAUCAGUGUGGGAAAGCUUUCACUCAGUACUCAGGUCUUAGUAUACAUGUAAGAUCUCACAAUGGUGAUAAGCCCUAUGAAUGUAAGGAAUGUGGGAAAGCCUUUCUUACAUCCUCACGACUUAUUCAACAUACAAGAACUCACACAGGAGAAAAGCCUUUUGUGUGUGUCAAAUGUGGGAAAGCCUUUGCUAUCUCUUCAAAUCUUAAUGGGCAUUUGAAAAUGCAUACCGAAGAGAAGACAUGUGAGUGCAAGAUUUGCGGGAAAGCAUUUGGAUAUCCUUCAUGUCUUAAUAAUCACAUGAGAACUCACAGUACCAAAAAAUCAUACACAUGUAAGGAGUGUGGGAAGGCCUUUAACUAUUCCACUCACCUUAAAAUUCACAUGCGAAUCCACACUGGAGAAAAACCCUAUGAGUGUAAGCAGUGUGGAAAAGCCUUCAGUCAUUCCACUUCAUUUCAGAUACAUGAAAGAACCCACACUGGAGAGAAGCCCUAUGAAUGUAGGGAGUGUGGGAAAGCUUUCAUCUGUCCCAGCUCCUUCAGAAUUCAUGAAAUAAGUCAUACUCACACAGAAGAAAAACCAUAUAAGUGUCAGCAAUGUGGAAAAGCCUAUAGCCAUCCUCGUUCACUUCGAAGGCAUGAAAGAACUCACUAGUGAGAAGCCUAAUUGAUGUUAGCUAUGUGAGAAAGCAAUUAUUUGCUUUAGUUUACUUUGAAGACAUGAUGGUACUCACACUUGAGAGAGACUAUUAUAAUUAUAUCCAUAGCUUGGAGCAGUACUGUGUGACAGCUCCUCAGGAGGCUGAAGAUGGGGGAUAAAUUUAAAGCCAUAUUGGGUAACAAAAAUACUCUAUAUCAAAAAAAUUAAAAUGAAUGCUGACAAGAAGGCUCAGUGGAUAAAAGUACUUGCUGUGAAUGUCUUACAACUUGAAUUUGAUCCACAUCUAAGUAAAGUAGACAGAUACAGUGUCAUGCAUCUGUAUUCUCAGCAGUCCUACAAGAUAGGAGACAGAGGAAGGAGAAUCACCUGGAGGCUUAUAGGCCAGCUAGCCUGGAGUAUGCAGCAUGGCUGAAAAAACAAGAAAGGCUCUGCCCUGCCUCAACAAGGUAGAAGAACCAAUGCAUUAAAUUUGUCCUCUGGCCUCCAUAUGUUAGUUCACUUUCCCACAUAUGCUGUAGAAUAAAUAAAAUCUUAAAGGAUUAAAAUGUUAGUUGUUGAGAUGGCUCAGCAGAAAAAAACAUUCUCCAUACAAUACUGACAGCCUGCAUUCUUUCCCUAGGUCUCCACAGGGUAAGGAGAGAAUUGGCACUUACAAGCUGUCCUGUGACCUCCACAUGAAUGCUGGGGCACACAUGCCCUCAUUCCAGCCCCCAAUAAUAACACAUUUUAAAAACUAAAACGAGGGACUCUUGGAGAUGGCCCAGACAGUUACAAGCACCUGUUCCUCUUGCAGAGGACAUGGUUCAAUUCCCAGCCUUCACAUAACUCUAGUUGCAGGGAAUCUGAUACCCUCUUUUGGUUUCUGAGCACUCAGUGUACAUAGAGUGCACAUGUAUAGGCAAAAAUACUUACACACAUAAAGAUGGUAACAAGGAAAGGGGAAAGGAAGUUGCAGUAAGUCCAUUAGGGAAGAGUGACUGAUGUCCUCAGAAGGUUAAGGUGCAGCAGGAUGCAUACAGAGAAGACCAUAGGAAGUCUUCAAAUGGCCUACAAAUAGAGAAAAAUGGCUACCACAAGAAGAAAUACUAUGGCCUCCAGAGGAAACUAGCUGAGUUAUGCUGAUCUUUGAUUUCCAGUCUCCAAGGUACCUGGUCUGUUACUUAGUUUCAUAAGCUCAUAUAUAUAAAAAUAAAUAAAGUAAACCUUUAGACUAUCCAAAAGCUUUACUUACAUGCAGGUCUGAGUGCAGUGGCCCAUUUGUACAACCCUAAAAUUUGGGAGGCGGAAAUAUGAUUGAGUUUAAAACCUGUGCUUGCUUUUGUUUCUUUUUGUUAGACAUUUUUCUUCAAUAUCCAAUCUUUAAACAUCAAAUCAAGGGGUGAGACUAAAAUGAUAGUUACACAUACAUGUAGGUAAAACACUCAUGCCCUAAAAUAAUGAAUAAAUCUAUAAAUCUCUUUUGU